UCUCUCUCUCUCUCUCUCUCUCUCUCUCUCCCUCUCUCUCUCUCUCUUUCAAUUAAUGUUGGUUUGUGUCGAGGAGUGGAACACCAAUCUUCCGGGGGACCAGUUUGUUAUCUUUUGCUCUGCUUUUAAGACCGAAUCGAAACAGGACUGUUACGGAAGGAAAAAGCCAUCUGCUAAAUCGUAGCCAGACCAAUAUAUCUGUUUCAACAAUAUGGGCGUUACAAUUGAGAAAAUUGUUGAAGGCGACGGCCAAACUUUCCCCAAAAAAGGACAAAAAGCUACCGUCCAUUAUGUAGCAACUCUUACAGAUGGAACUAAAUUUGAUUCUUCCCGAGACCGCGACAAACCAUUUACAUUUAAAGUUGGAGGUGGUUUUGUAAUCAAAGGCUGGGAUGAAGGUAUUACCCAGAUGAGUCUUGGUGAAAGGUCAAAAUUGAUCUGCACACCUGACUAUGGAUACGGUCCAAAGGGUUAUCCAGGAGUUAUUCCACCAAAUUCAACAUUGAUCUUUGAUGUUCAGCUCAUAUCUCUCUCACCCACCAACAGUUACAAAAACCAGAACUGAUGCCUUCAACUUGACUCUCAACUCUCUUCGAACCUAACCUAUCUUUAUACGAUUAUUUACUGUACAUUCAUGAUGAUGGCUACUCCUACGACAACAAUUCACCAUGUGGCCAGUCCUGCAAAACUCACUCUGGGUGUCAAGUUUUUUAAUAUUUUCUUUUCUAUCUUCUGCCAUAAGAGUGAAGCUGCCAUUUUCAUAAAUCCAAAGAUUUUUACUCAAAAUUUCACUUUCAAGAUUUUUUUUAAUUCUAUACUUUUUAAAAUUUGAGUAUAUUUCUUGAUUUCCUCUGUGUUGUUAGCUUAUGGAGAGAAAAUGUAGGGCUUAAGUCCUUAUACUAAUUUCAUUCUGUACAAUUCACACAGAGUUGUAUAACAAAACUACAAACUAGCUCUGGGAACUACUAUUUCUUACAAAUUCACUUAAGUUAAAGAGGUUUUCCUUCUUUUUUAUUAUUCUUUUUGAUUAAAUAUUCUCUGAUCAUCUUAAAUAAAAUUUUCUCUGAAUAUCUUAAA